GCGGCGGGCGGGGGGCUCGCCCCACUCCCGCCCAGCGCAGCCGCCGCGGCGGGGCCGCCACCUCCCCGAGCGCCGCACCAUGGGCAGCCAGGGCUCCAAGGCGGCGGGCGGCGACCCCGACACCGCCAAAGCCAACGGGCAGGAGAACGGCCAUGUCAUCUCCAACGGGGACAUGACACCCAAGGUGGGGGUCGAGGUGACCCCCCAGAACGGGAACGGCUCGGCGGAACCCCCCAAGGAGGAGAGCGAGGGCGAAGCGGGCGGGGCGGACACCAUCGAACCCGCCCCGGGUGCCGCCGGUACCGGUACCGAGCCCCAACCCGAAGGAACCCCUAAAGACACCACCAAGAAGAAGAAGAAGUUCUCUUUCAAAAAACCCUUCAAGCUGAGCGGGAUCUCCUUCCGCAAGAACAAAAAGGACGGCGGCGACUCCUCCGGUGGCUCCUCGCCCACCGAGGAGGAGGAGGAGCGGGGCAGCACCGAGGAACCCCCGGCGGAGGGGCUGCAACCCUCGGCUCCCCCCGAGGAGACACCGGGCGAGCCCGGGGAGGGCGGAGAAGCCGCGGGGAACCGGGAGGAGGAGGAGGAGGAACGGCAACAAGGAGGGGAGAAGCACGGAGACACCACCGAGGAACCGGCAGCGAGCGCGGUGGAGCAGAAGGAGGAGGAGGAGUAGGGACCGCUCGGGCAUCGCCCUCCCCGGGGACUCCCCCGCCGCUCCCGGAGCAUCCCCGGUUCGUCACGGACUCACCCGCACCGCCCCCGCCACCCCCGGGACUGACACACAUCCCCCGCCGGUUUCUUUAUCUCUUCUCUCUCUUUUCCCCCCCGUUCCCGGUAGAAAAAACAACAAAAAAAGCAAAAAAAAAAGAAAAAAAACUGGUUUGGAUUCCCACCGCCGCCACUUGGAGUAGUUUGAGGUGAAUUAUUUGGAAAUAUGAAAAAAAAUUAAAAAAAAAAACAAGCAACACAACAACAAAGCAACUGGGGAGGAAGAUUUAGCCCGGACGCCGCUGGAGUUUGCAGUUUGGAAAAACCCAAAAUCCCGCUCUGGAUUCUCCAGCCCGGCCCUUCUCCUCCCGGUCCCACUGACUGUUCCAUGGAAUUUUGGAUUUUUUUUUUUUUUUUCCAUUUUGUGUUUUUUUUCUCCUUUAUUUCUCAAUUUACAUUCCUGGUUCUUGACUUUUCGUUUCAAGUAUUUCGUGCUUUUUCUAUAGAAAUGGAUGGUUUAAAAAGCUAAUCUGGUUAGGUUUUUUUUUUUUAAUAAUGUCUUCUACUGGCUUAAAACCAUAAAGCUUGUAAGUCCGCUGUGUUUAAUUCUGCUUUAAGGGAUAAUUUUGGGGUGUGGGGUGGAGAGAGGGGGCCCUGCCAGCUGUAUAAUGUCAAGCCAACGUUGAUUUUUUUCUUUUUGUUUUAUUUUGUUUUUUUCUUUUUCAUUUUCUCUGUAAAUAAUUUUUUUAAUGGCCAAAAAAAAAAAAAAAAACAACAAAAAAACCGCUUGAUUUGCAAUUUUCUAACUUGUAAAAAAAAAAAAAAAGAAAAAAAAUCAACAACAAACCCACCAAACAAAAGCUGUAACAUUUGAAAGGAAUAAAUGGUGACUCCUU